AUGGCACCAAAACCGGCGCUCCCACCCGGGCCGUUUUUCACGACUCUGGCACAUCUCCUGACGCUCGAGCAAGCAUCCGAAGUUGCCGAAACCAGCCUGCUCCUGUCAUCAGCACCGCCAGGACAACUCGCACGCGCGGGCCUCGCGAUCCUGUCACUGACGAUCGCGUCCCUCAAGACCGGUCUGGGCGGCCGCUCUGUGGUCGAGCUCUCGCUCGACUCGGCCGUCGUGGCCAAGGAUUCCCGAGGCGAGCUGCCCGAGCAUGGCAUCCGCACCGGUGAUAUCGUGCGCGUCGGGGAGAUGCCCAAGGGCACGGCGAAGAAGAAGGAGGUCACGGAGUUGAAGGGGAAAGGCGUCGAGGGCGUCGUGACGAGAGUGGGUGAGAGGGCUGUUUGGGUCGCGCUGGGGAGGGAUGGUAGUGCUGCUGCUGGUGGCGGUGAUGAUGUCGAGGCUGUGCCUGAUGGAAAGUUGUGGAUUGUCAAGCUCGCAAACGAUGUCACGUACAAACGCAUGCACCAGGUCCUGACCAAGAUUCUCAAGACUCCCGAAUCAUCAUACACAUCAUUGCAAAGUGUGCUAUUAGGCCUAUCGUCGCCGGGGACAGUGGACCCCUCACAAAUCAAAGACCUCGAAUUCCUGGAUCCAACCUUGAACGAGUCACAGAAAGAUGCUAUCCGCUUCGCACUCUCCUCGCCAGAGAUCGCCCUGAUCCAUGGACCGCCCGGCACAGGCAAGACGUACACACUAAUCGAGCUUAUCCUCCAAUUUCUAAAACGAAACCUUCGGGUUCUCGUGUGUGGGCCCAGCAAUAUCAGUGUGGACAACAUCGUGGAGCGACUUGCGGCAGCGUCGCCUUCGACCCCGAUCGUCAGACUCGGACAUCCUGCGCGCUUGUUACCCGGUGUGUUGAACCAUUCUCUCGAGGUUCUGACGCGCACGAGCGAAGCCGCAAGUAUAGUCAGUGACGUGCGGAAGGAAAUGGAUGAGAAGCAGGCGUCAAUACGAAAGACUCGAAAUGCCCGUGAGCGGCGUGCGAUAUAUGGAGAUCUGAAGCAACUGAGGAAAGAGUAUCGCGAGCGCGAAGGCAAAUGCGUGGAUGGCCUCGUCACCAGUAGCAAGGUCGUUCUGUCAACCUUACACGGUGCUGGCGGCUAUCAGACUCGGAACCAGGAGUUUGACGUCGUGGUGAUUGACGAGGCAAGUCAGGCGAUGGAGCCGCAAUGUUGGAUUCCGCUGGUAUUUGCCGGUCAGAACGUGAGGAAGCUGGUGUUGGCUGGAGAUCAUUUGCAGCUACCUCCUACCGUCAAGAGCGCGGACGACAAAGAGAGUAAAGAGGAGAGAAAGAAGGCACUGAAAGGGCUCGAGGAGGAACUUGCAAAACUGACCGUCACAGAGCAAGAGCAAAAGACCGCAAUAGGAUGGUCUCUAGAGACGACCUUGUUUGAUCGUUUAUUAUCUAUGCACGGUUCGGGGAUCAAGAGGCUGCUCAACACGCAGUAUCGCAUGCACGAGAACAUCAUGCGGUUUCCGAGCGACGAACUAUACGACGGAAAGUUGGUCGCAGCAGAUGCAGUGAAAGCGCGGCUGUUGAAGGACCUCCCAUAUGAAGUCCAAGAAACCGAUGACACAAUCGAACCCUUGGUCUUCUUCGACACGCAGGGCGGAGAUUUUCCCGAGAAGACGGAAGACCAGACAGAUGGUCCGGUGAAAAAGUCGGUCUUGUUGGGUGACAGCAAGAGCAAUGAAAUGGAAGCAGCUGUUGUGUCAAUGCAUGUCAAGAACCUUACCGAUGCCGGGGUCAGAGACGAAGAUAUUGCUGUUGUGACCCCAUAUAACGCACAGCUCGCAGUCCUGAGCUCGAUGCUCAAAGACAAGUAUCCCGGGAUCGAAUUGGGAAGUGUGGAUGGAUUCCAGGGGCGGGAAAAGGAGGCUGUAAUUGUCAGUCUGGUCAGAAGUAACGCGGAAAAAGAGGUUGGAUUCUUGGGUGAGAAGAGGAGAUUGAAUGUUGCAAUGACAAGACCGAAAAGACAUCUGUGCAUCAUCGGAGAUUCCGAGACAGUUUCUCGAGGGAGUACAUUUCUGAAGAGAUGGAUGAAGUUCCUCGAGGAUCAUGCCGACCUCAGGUAUCCCGCUUUGGACGACCUGGAAGUGGGCUGA